UCCAAUGAAAUGAAUACACACAACUCAGUUUGGUGAUGUUGUCCAGUCACGUCCAUCCAAAAAAUGUAAUCUUCGCUGCAUUUCUCGGCACCUCAUUUUUGAAUUCUCUUCUUCUUUCAUAAGUAAUAAUGCUAUUUUGUUCAUAAUGAAACUCAGAUCAGAUACCCUUAUUUGUUUCUAUGAUUGUUUAAUGUUAUUAUUAAUACAUUAAUCUGUGCCAUAAAGUCCUAUCUAUCACUGAUUCGCGGCAUGUAAUGUAAUUGAUUGAUUGGCCAUUCACGAAUAGAGAGCGACAAAGAAGUUAAGAAGAUAAAGUGAUCUGUGUGGAAACUGAACAGAGUUAUGGGCUGUUGUGCAUCAAAAUUUCCACCCACAGAGACACACCCAGAAAAAGAAAAGCCUGCCCAAACUCCCGUCCGGCCCCUCCCACCACCGAUCCCGACCGUCGGUCCACUUGAGCCUGGAACAGAAGCCACCGGAGUCCCGUCUUUCUCGGAGUUCUCACUUUCCGACCUUAAAACAGCCACUAAUAACUUCAGCCCUGAAUUUAUUGUCUCCGAAAGUGGUGAAAAGGCGCCAAAUAUUGUUUAUAAAGGUCGCCUCCAGAACCGCCGGUGGAUCGCCGUCAAGAAGUUCCCCAAGUUAUCCUGGCCAGACCCUCAACAGUUUGCGGAGGAGGCAUGGGGAGUAGGGAAAUUGAGGCAUCAGAGGCUGGCUAAUUUGAUAGGUUAUUGUUGUGAAGGUGAUGAGAGGUUGCUGAUUGCAGAGUAUAUGCCCAACAAUAAUCUUGCUAAGCAUUUAUUUCACUGGGAAAGUCAGACCAUCGAGUGGGCCAUGCGCUUGAGAGUAGCUCUUUACAUAGCUGAAGCUUUGGAAUAUUGUGGCAGUGAAGGCCAUUCAUUGUACCAUGAUCUCAACGCCUACAGGGUUCUAUUUGAUGAGGAUGGUGAUCCUCGGCUUUCAUGCUUUGGCUUGAUGAAAAAUAGUAGAGAUGGGAAAAGUUAUAGCACAAAUCUUGCCUACACCCCACCAGAGUACUUAAAAAAUGGAAGAGUAACCCAGGAAAGUGUUAUAUACAGCUUUGGCACUGUCCUAUUGGAUCUACUCAGUGGAAAGCACAUCCCUCCAAGUCAUGCUCUUGAUAUGAUACGUGGUAAAAACAUCAUUCUUUUGAUGGAUUCGCAUUUAGAGGGGAAAUUUUCUAUGGAAGACGCUACAGUAGUUGUCAAUCUUGCCUCCCAAUGUUUGCAAAACGAACCUAGGGAAAGGCCAAAUAUAAAGGAUCUUAUCACUAUUCUUUCUCCACAACAGCCAAAAUCUGAUGUUCCGUCUUAUAUCAUGCUUGGAAUUGCUAAGCACAAGGAAGCUCCACCAACUCCACAACGCCCACUUUCACCAAUAGGUGAGGCCUGUUCUAGGAUGGACCUCACAGCAAUACAUCAACUUUUGGUUACCAUGAACUACCGGGAUGAUGAAGUAACCAACGAGUUGUCUUUUCAAGAAUGGACACAGCAGAUGAGAGACGUAUUGGAGGCAAGGAAACGUGGGGAUUAUGCGUUUCGUGAUAAGGACUUCAAGGCUGCAAUCGACUGUUACUCUCAGUUUAUAGACAUGGGAACUGUGGUUUCCCCAACUAUUUAUGCACGGCGUAGUCUCUGUUAUCUCAUGUGUGAUCAACCUGAUGUUGCUCUUCGGGAUGCAAUGCAAGCACAAAUUAUCUAUCCAGAUUGGCCGACAGCCUUUUACAUGCAGUCAGUUGCCCUCGCCAAACUGGAUAUGCAUCAGGAUGCAGCUGAUAUGUUGAAGGAGGCAGCUGGACUAGAAGAGAAGCACCAGAAUGGUGGGAGAAGAUAAUAUGAAUGAAUCCUAUCGCUAGAUUAUGAAUGAAUUAGUGUUUCUUUUAAUCUUGUAAAUUGACUAAGAAAGUAGUUUUAACUUUCUCUAUUGUGAAAUGUAACAGAAAACAUAAAUUGCAUCAGUACAAGCUUCAUUUUCUCGAAGUUAUGGGUUAGGCCUUUAUGAAUGUAGUGGUGUUUAGAUUUCA